AUGUCAGCAUUAAUAUUAAAAGCUGCUCAAGAAUUUUCAACUUUAUUUCUUGGUACAUCUCGUAGUGACGAUUCAGUAGGUGACCGUCUUAGUUAUCGAUAUACAUGUGCUGUACUUAUUGCUUUUACUAUAAUUGUUUCAAAUCGUGAAUUUACAUCAAGACGUAUUGCAUGUUGGGUUCCUGCUUUUUUUACAGGAAACUAUGAAGACUAUACGAAUAAUGUAUGUUGGGUACGUAAUACGUAUUAUAUUGAUGAUACUAGUGAAAUACCUGAUAAUACUGCUUUACGUCAAGAAUCAUCAAUACGUUAUUAUCAAUGGAUAUCAUUUAUACUUCUUUUUCAAGCAUUUCUUUUUUUUAUACCUUAUGUUUUAUGGAGAGUAUUAAGUCAACGAUCGGGUGUUGAUAUACGCGAUAUAGUUGAAGCUGCAUCAAAUUAUAAAAGAGCAAAUGAUGAAAAACAACGUGAACGUUUAAUGAAAUUUAUUAUUUCAGUUAUUGAUCAAUAUGUGGAUGAUCCACGUCGUCAACCAAAUAAUCGUGAAACAAUAUGGUGGAAAAAAUGUUUUCUCGUCUUUUUUCCAUCGUCUGGUCGUUAUAUGGGAGAUUAUUUAAGAAAUUUAUUUUUAUUUAUUAAAGUUAUUUAUAUUACAAAUAUUGUUGUUCAGAUAAUAAUGCUAUCUUUAUUAUUGGGUCAACCAUUUUGGUCAUUAGGUAUUACUGUAGUUCGACUUUUAUAUGAAGGAAAAGGUUGGGAUUUUACAAGUCGAUAUUUUCCUAAAGUAACAUUAUGCGAUUUUCAAAUUCGUGAAGCAAAUGCUUUACCUAUUGCACAUACUUAUACAGUUAUGUGUGUUUUACCAAUUAAUCUAUUUAAUCAACAAAUAUUUACAUUUCUCUGGUUUUGGUUUGUUUUUGUUAUUAUAUUAACUAUUUAUGAUCUUUUUAUAUGGAUCUAUCGAUUAUUUUUUCGACGAGAAACGCAUCUUCAAGAACGUUUAAAAAUAAUGGAUUAUGAAUUAACAAAAACAUGGCCAUUUAAUGAUUUAUGUGGUGAGCAUAUUAACCGAGAAGAUAAUGAACAUAUAAUGAGAGUACAAAGUCGUAUUGAAACCGAAGCUACAACAGGUGAUGAAGUAUAUACAUUAAGUGAUGGAAGAAAAAUUCAUCAUCAAUCGCGAAUGUUUAUUGUUCCACCUAUAUAUUAUGAAGGCAAAGGUCGUACAUUAUUUCAAUUUUUUAAUGAUGAAUAUUUAGAAGCUGAUGGACAUUUUAUUUUACGUAUUAUUGGUACAAAUUCAAGUGAAUUAGUUGCGACUAGAAUUAUUCAUGAAUUAUUUCAAUUAUGUUGUGAAAAACGAUUUAUUCCUAAUCGUGUUGAAAAAUUGGAAAUACCACCACGUGUAACUCUUUAUAAAUAUUUAGUUAUUCAAAAAGAAGGUCAACCACCUCCACCUCCACAACAACAAUUACAACAACCUAAAACACCAAAUUAUGAAACACGUACAAAAACAAAUCCAUUUGCUGCACAUGCAUCAGUUGCACCAUCAGCAUUUACAUCAAUUAGUCAACAACCACCAGAAAUUAAACGACGAACAUCUCAUCAGCCUUCACAAUUAGUAAAUCAACCACGAGCACGUUCUGAUACACUUCCGUUUUUUGAUCAAACAGAAGCAUUACAACAUUUAUCAACAACGAGAAGUGGUAAUGGUUCAAUAUCUUCAAGGCGUGCUCAAUAUUCUUCACACCAUGAGGAACACGAAGAACAAGAAGGUCAAUGA